AUGGCGCGCGCUGCCCACGCGGUGUCCCUCCCUCCUGCGCUCGGUGCUCAGCCGCCGCAGUGCUCGCGCGGCGAUUCGGCCCUACAGGAGCUCCAGCAGGCGCCGCUCGCUGCGCCCCGGCACCCUCGGGCGGCCCCAGGGGGAAGCGAGGCGAUGAGGACGAUGAGCUCCCCGUGGGCUCGGUUCUACUCCAACAGCUGCUGCCUGUGCUGCCAUGUGCGCACCGGGACCAUCAUCCUCGGCGUCUGGUACCUGAUCAUCAAUUCAGUGGUACUGCUGAUCCUGCUGAGUGCCCUGACUGAUCCCGACCAGUACCACUUACCAAGUGCUGAAUUAGGGGGCGAAUUUGAAUUUAUGGAUGAUGCCAAUAUGUGCAUUGCCACUGCAAUUUCUCUCCUUAUGAUUCUGAUCUGUGCGAUGGCUACAUAUGGAGCAUAUAAGCAACAUGCAGCCUGGAUCAUCCCUUUCUUCUGUUACCAGAUCUUUGACUUCGCCCUCAAUACACUGGUUGCCAUCAGUGUGCUUGUUUAUCCAAACACAAUUCAAGACUAUCUACGACAGCUGCCUGCUAACUUUCCGUACAAGGAAGAGAUUAUGGCAGUAAAUCCUACUUGUCUAGUUGUGAUUAUUCUACUCUUCAUAAGCAUCAUUCUGGCUUUCAAGGGUUAUCUGAUUAGCUGUGUAUGGAACUGUUACCGGUACAUUAAUGGCAGAAACAACUCUGAUGUGCUGGUGUACAUUGCUACCAAUGACACUGCGGUGCUGUUGCCGCCUUAUGAAGAUCCUGCAAAUGCAGCUGGUAAAGACCCACCACCACCUUAUGUAUCAGCAUAAGCAAGAAUGUGAAGUGUACCUAAGAACAAUAGCUUUACUUUUCAAACAUUUGAGCAAUAGUUUGUUUAUUUUACUUCCAGGCUGUAACUCUAAGAUUUAUGUGUUGCUGUUUAGCUGAAAUUUUGAAAUGUAGAUAUUGUGUUCAAAAUGCUGUAGAUAGUUUUAAUAAUGUGCUUCAACUGAAACAAUAUGUUGAAUUGGUUUCAGGAACUUUUUUGGGGGGAAAAGGGGGAGUUAGUGUUAAGGUGACAAGAAUCAUACAGUAGCUUUUAUUCACCUCAUUUUGACAUGCAGUGCUAGAGAAUUUAGAACUUUUGUGUAUGUCAGGUGUAAAUUUCCUUUUUUAUCUACAAAGCUUCCAGAUCAGUAGAAACAAGUUUCUGAAAUGCCCAUUUUCCACCUUUAGAAUGUGUUGUACAAAAUGUAGUCUGUCAGUCCCAAAAAAAUGACAUUCCACUUUACUCCAAAAAAGCUAACUAAAUAUUGUGCUGAAGCGAAUGGUCUCUAAAGGAACAGGAGUAAGCUAUAGUGUUCUCACUAACCAGGUUCAUCACAAACAUUUAAUUGGGGGGAAUGAGCAUGGGAAAGCAAGGUUGCUUAGCUCCCAAAACUGUGGCAAGUCAGGUCCAUGUUCUAAAGUAUACCUGCUCUGUACCCUGCAGCCACUCUUCUCUUCAAAAUAAAUAAGUAAACAUAGCUGCCACCGUUCUGCUGAUAUUCCCUUCCUGCCUAUACAGCCCCUCCCCUUUUAGUAACCUCAAAAAAUACCCGUGCUUUUAAAAUCACAUGGCUUGGUGACUAAAGAUGCCUCCUUGGUAUCCAAAAUGUGAAAGUUUCUAUGGGAGCGUGCCUGUAAAUAGAGCAAAGUUUUGGAGAGUGAAUUUAGUUAUACGAAUACGGGGAUAAAUUCUUCCAGUCUAUGGGGAAAACGUGCAUGUAAUUUCUCCUAACAUUUUCAGAAAUCUCUUCUGAAUAUCCUCUAUGCAUCAAAGGGAUGCAGCAUAUGCAUCAUAUGGGAAUAUGGGACUCCUUUGUAUGACAAUUGUUUGCAUUAGAAUUCAUUCUAGUGGGACUCACCCAUCUGUGCUGAUCCUGCUGUGUAUGCUUGUGUGAGGUACUCUCUUUUCCCCAAAAAGUGCCUCUUGCACAUGUAACUUUUUUGUUGAGAGUUCUAUUUUUAAAAAUUGUUAACUUAAAGAUAAUCAUCUAUACUAUAUGAAUGGACAUGUUUCUACCUCUCAUCUCUUCUCAAGUGUCAUCUCUGGCACUUUUUGGAUGUCAAAGCAUGUUGGGGUGCAAAUCCUUGUGCAAAGGGACCUUGUGGAGCUGCACCACCCCUGGGGGAGCCUCAGGAGAAAUUGUCCUUCAAGGAGCAUGAUCUCUUCUGAAGCUGACCAGGAGUGCUCACACUGCACUAUUCAUUAGGACAAUGCAGAUUUCAGUGCACUGACUCCACUCUACAGGCUCAUGCAGAGUGUGGGCAGGUCUAUGGUCCUGCCUCCUCCCUGCCUUUUUCUGAACAAUGACCAAACAGCCCCUGUUCAGAGACCGCUAUUGUGAUCUGUCCUUAUGCAGGUCAUGAAAUGAGGGAAAGGCUUUUUAAAAUGACCCUCCCCGCCCACUUUUGCAAGAGCAGAUCCCAGUCUAGCCCUUGUUAUUUUGUUUCGUGGUUCAGUCACUUUAAGAUCAGACCAGGCAAUACCUUGAUUGGACCAGUUGCUGAUACUGAUAUGUAGCAAAAUCCCAUUGUUUUCUGCAGGGUAAUUCUAGUGUUUUCCAGUGUUGGCCUCAUAACCAUUUACAUUCCAGAACUGAAUUUAUUUUUGAGGUGGGCUGCCUGGACUUCUGAUCCUACUGGCUGUUCACUUUCUUUUAAUUCUUGACUGAUUUUGAAGAAUUUUUAAUCAUUCAUCUGUUUGACAAUAAGCCGAUUGUACAUACUUCUUACUGAAUCUACUCUGUAUACUAGCUAGCCUCUCUAUAAUAAAAGGGAUGUUUCAUUGUG